GAUUGAAAGUAGAAGUCAUGGCGGAAUCUCGCAAACCCAACAAGCUGUACGCUACACACCCGAAGAAUUACGGAAAGGGCUCGCGUCAAUGCCGCGUUACCGGUCGUAUGGGUGGUAUGGGACUGAUCCGAAAGUAUGGAAUUAAUAUGAAGCGACAGGUGUUCCGUGAGCGUGCUUUGGACAUGGGCUGGGAAAAGUACAACUAAAUUUGUAAUUUUCGACUAGCAAGUAAACUCUUUUGAUUUCAC